AUGUAUACGUAUAUUGUAUUCGAUUACACGUCGCUGGAGAGCUCCGACGCCAGUCCGGUCGCGGGUGCGGUGGACGAGAGACAUGUCGGGACCGAAAGCAUCUCGGCUCUGAGGCAGAUCCGACGGGGUGAGGAAGCACGACGACGGCCGGAAUACGUGAUGAGCCGCUGCUACGCGCCUCGUUCGUUUGUUAUGCCGGACCUGUUAUCGCACAAAGGGCUCGAACCCUUCAACUUUGACCGGGUAGGUGCCGGGUCGGCGGCAGUGACGAUGGGUUUAUGA